CGCGGUUGUGUUCGUUGGCUGCUGGCUAGCUAUCUGGCUGGUUGUCUGACGGUCUGUUUGUCGGCCAAUGAUCGACGUCUGCAGCCGGCGACCGUGUCCGGAGUCUGUGACUGUGUGGAGCCGUAAGAAAAGAACUAGACAACACAUCUCGAAUCCCUAGUCUUGUGUGCUGGUCGAAUCCUCCCUUAGAACUUCAAAAUGGGUCAUCACGGAGGCUCAAGCGGCGAUGCCUUCUGGAAGGAUUUCCUCAUUGGAGGCACCGCGGCGGCGAUUUCGAAAACAGCUGUGGCCCCCCUUGAGCGUGUCAAGCUCUUACUACAAGUUCAGGAUGCGUCAAAACAGAUCGCCAAGGACAAAAUGUACAAAGGCAUGAUGGACUGCUUCGUCCGUAUUCCCAAGGAGCAAGGAGUGAUCUCAUUUUGGCGCGGAAACUGGGCCAACAUCAUUCGAUACUUCCCCACACAGGCGCUCUCAUUCGCCUUCAAAGAUCGUUAUCAAAAAAUGUUCCUCGCCGGAGUCGAUAAGGACAAGCAGUUCUGGAGGUACUUCGCGGGCCAGUUGGCCGCAGGUGGGGCAGCGGGAGGUACGUCGUUGUGUUUCGUGUAUCCUCUCGAUUUCGCGAGAACGCGUCUGGGAGCCGACGUCGGCAAGGCGGCUGCGGAACGGGAAUUCAAAGGCCUCGGAGAUUGCUUAGCGAAAAUCUAUAGAACCGAUGGCUUCAUCGGACUCUACCGAGGCUUCAACGUGUCCCUCCAGGGAAUCAUCAUCUACCGUGCCGCCUACUUCGGCUUCUUCGACAUGUCGAAGCAGUACAUGCCAAAUCCGAAAGAUAUACCCGUUUACCUCUCGUUCAGUAUCGCCUUUGUGGUGACAACGGCCGCCGAGAUCAUUGCGUAUCCGUUCGACACCGUUCGGAGACGUCUCAUGAUGCAGUCAGGACUCAAACAAGAGGAACUUCUCUAUCGGGGAACUGUCGAUUGUUGGAAGAAGAUCGCAGCCAACGAAGGAGGGACCGCAUUCUUCAAGGGUGCUUUCUCGAACAUGGUUCGUGGAGUAGGCUCCGCCCUGGUUUUAGUUUUGUACGACGAAUUCAAAAAGCUCAUGUAAUUCGUGAUGUUCGUAAGGAAUUAGCGGCGAGAACGCUCAAGCAGUCCGCGUUUGGGACUCACGGGCUUCACCCGUGAGCGCGCUGCGGGCGCCCGAGAGAGUGAAUGGGGUUGCAAGAGCUCGAGAGUAUUCGUCUCGAGCAUCGUGCAUCGAAUGCAUCGCUCAAUUCGUCAAUUUGUAAUGGCACCGUCGCGAAGGCUGGGAUAAGAAUUUUUAUGUUCGAGACUUCUUCGACAGCUCUCCCUUUGGGGAAAUCAGAUUCUACCAAAUCACAAAUGACCAUUGCGAAUAAAUGAAAAUGUCCCGACGGUUA